AUGAAGACCGCCGUGGUAGCUCUCCUCACUCUGCUGGCCUUCGCCGCUGCCGAUCCGGAAGAGCAAGGCUGCCCAGAAAAUGAUAAAGUACAGCUGACUCGGCAGAAGGACGUGCUACGGCUAUUGAGCCACGCCAACCAGCCAUUGCUAUGGGAGGACCUGGCUGCCAUCGCUAAGGAGUACGAGGUCGUACCCCAGAACUAUCAGGUUCCAUACGUGGCUGAAAUGUUCGUGGAGUUGCUGAACAGUGAGGAGCUUCUCGCGGUGUACCAGCCAAUAUCCGUAUUCGAUGAUCGCCAUGUGGAUCAGAUCAAGCUUGUCUUCGACCUUCUCUACCACGCCAACGAUUAUGACGUCUUUUACAAGACGGCCCUGUAUCUCCGUGAGCGAGUGAACAAAGGGCAGUUUUUGGUCGCAUUCUUCAUGGCUGUAAGACUGCGCGAAGACACGAGGGACCUUAUCUUGCCACCCAUCUACGAGAUACACCCAGAGCUGUUCAUCACUUCUGACGUCAUCCAGCGGGUCUACGACGCCAAGCUACAAGGUUACGUCUCAGCUGACAAGCCGUACUACGUGCAGGCUGGCUACACAGGAUUCCCGGUGGCGACGCACUCACCAGAGCAGAUGCUUACCUACUUCACCGAGGACGUCGGGCUGAACGAGUUCUUCGCAGAUUUCAACUACCGCUACCCGUACUUCCUCAGUGCUGCCAACUACAGCAUGUCCAACGGCAACUUGCGCGGCAGCCUCUUCUAUCGCGCGCUGAGGCAGCUGUUCGCCCGCUACAACCUGGAGAGGUUGUCCCAUGGACUGCCUGAUGUCCCAACACUCGAUUACUCUGAAGAUAUUGAGACCAGCUACAACCCGAAGCUCAGGCUGCAGAACGGAGUCGAAAUCGCUAUGCGUCCCGCAAAACUGAACCUUAUGAGUACCGACGUCUUGGCCCUGGAGAGGAUCUGGUACAGCGAGUACAGACUGUUCGACGUCGUUGACAUGGAGCACAUCGUAACGGCGACGGAGGGCAGGAUAACGUUUAAAGAGAGCGAAGCGACCGAACUGCUGGGGAAUCUCGUACAGUGCACCCCCGACUCCCUCAACGCCAGGUACUACGGGUCCUACUACAAGGAUCUCUUGUCGCUCAUUGGCAAAAACCUCAACCCUACGCAGAGAUACGGGGGUGCCACCAGUGUUCUCAGCAAAUUUGAGACCAUGCUGAGAGACCCACUAUACUUCCAGAUCGUCAAGAGAGUCCUAAACAUCUUCCAGCAGUACCAGAACUACCUUGAACCUUAUACUAGGCAAGAGCUGGAGUUCCCCGGAGUGAAAAUCGAGUCCGUGGACGUAGAGAAGCUAGUGACAUUCUUCGAGUCCUACGACAUUGAGGUGGACAACACGCUCAAAGUAUCCAGCGCCGAAGAAGCCGAGAAGGUGAAGAUCUUCGCCCGCCAGCCACGUCUUAACCACAAGCCAUUCACGUACUGCAUCAAGGUGUCCAGUGAGAAGCCGACAAAGGCCAUCUUCCGUGUCUUCUACGGACCACAAGUCAAUCCACUCGGCAACGAGAUACCCCUCGACUAUGCCAGACAAUACUUUUUAGAAUUCGACCGCUUCGUCUACCAAGUGCAAGCCGGCGAGAACGUGAUCGAGCGCAACAGCAGCGAUGCGGUGAGCACGCGGCCCGACUCCGUGCCGACGUCGCAGCUGGUGGAGGCGGUGGAGGCGGCGCUGCAGGGGAAGCGCGACUUCUGGCCCGCCGGCGUGUCGCGCCGGGGGUUCCCCGGCCGGCUGCUGCUGCCGCGCGGCCGCCGCGCCGGCCUGCCGCUCCGCCUCUACGUCAUCGCCAGCCCCCUGGCGGAGGACGCGCCCGCCGCCGCCCUCGAGCCUCGGGCGCCCCUCGCCGGCGACUGGGGCGUCUCGCUCGCAGACGGCCGCCCGGUCGCCUUCCCCUUCGACCGGCGCAUCCCCUACAACCACGUCUUCAACGUGCCCAACUCCUACACCAAGAACGUCCUCGUCUUCCACGUAGACGUCGACGAGAACAUCAAAGCAGAAGACUAA